AUAGAACAUAUGUAUAAGGUUUUUUGCAGACACGUCAGGAAUAAUAAUGAUAAUAGUAGUAGUAGUAGUAGUAGUAGUAGUAGUAGUAGUAGUAGUAGUAGUAGUAGUAGUAGUAGUAGUAGUAGUAGUAGUAGUAGUAGUAGUAGUAGUAGUAGUAGUAGUAGUAGUAGUAGUAGUAGUAGUAGUAGUAGUAGUAGUAGUAGUAAUAAUAGUAAUAAUAAUAAUAAUAAUAAUAACAAUAAUAAUAAAACACGCUCAGCUUUCCGCCUCUACAUGCCUUGGAAUUUGGAAAUUAAGACAUGAAUUUACUACGAGCAUUCCAUAAUGGC